UUAGUUGAGACAGAGCAACAAGGAGAUGGAAGUACUGAGCAAGAGAAAGAGAAAGAUGACGCGGAAACUUCCUUCCAUGAAGAAUUUCCAUGUAUGAGCCUUGCAGCUGGAAAUACGCCAACAAUUCUGCAAGCUCAAACUGCUGCAGAGGGGCACAAAAGACCACUCAGGACAUAUAGUUCGAGUAUGAAGAGUGUGACAACUUGCAAGACUCCACCAAAGAAAAGGCCUGUCGCAAAGCAAAAGCCCACUCCUACAAAUAAUGUUGAUGAGGAGCAGAAGAAAGAUGUUGAAGAGACACCUGUUACGGAUGAGGCACAGAAGAAAGCUGCAGAUGGUGGAGUUGUGGAUGGGGCAGGUGAUGAUGUAGCUGCAAAAGCCGUAGGUGAUGAUGUUACUGCAAAAGUCAAUGAGGAUACACCUGCAACUGUUGGUGACGGUUUGGUUAUGACUGCUCCAACUCAGCCAACUCCUGGAACUUUUGAUGACAGUUCUGCUUCAACACAGUUUGAGGACUCCAUGGUGAUAACUGCUACAACACCGCAAACACAGCCUGACAAUGCUCAGACCUACAGGUUGGUGCAACUAGGAGCUAACCCGAUGAUAUGA